AUGGACGUUAACAACACUUCAAAGGACAACAGCAUCUUUACCAGCACCACUUCAAAGUACAACUUCACAACCAACAGCAUUCCAACUCCAUUGGAAUUAGAGGGCAGUGACCCUUUAGGCAUCCCUUUAGACAUCAGCACUCAAAGCUCUGAUAUUUACACCAACAUAUUUAUCUCAGGCUCCAGUAAUUACACCAACAGCACCUUUGGCUACCUCAGUGACACUGAAGCUGGAUUCAUCACAUAUGUGGUGACGUACAUCAUCAUUUGCAUUGGCAUUCCUUUGACCCUCAUCGCCAUCUACGCUCUCUACUCUCUGGUACGAAAUGAUCACGUUGCUCCCAUCUACGUCAUCAACCUUCUGAUUUCUGACCUCAUCCAGCUCUGCUGCAUGAUCUGUGAGGUGGCACACCCUAAGAGCACGAUAAUGUACAUUAUCUACAAUAGUAUUUACAACUACAGUCUGAUGACCAGUGUUGGCUUCAUGGUGUUCAUAGCCAUGGAAAGGUAUUUGCUGAUUGUCUUCCCACUGUGGUACCACUGCAGACGAACCAUCAAGUCCACUGUGGUGAUCUGCGUCGUGGCCUGGGCCCUUCCUGCUCUCUACCUUUUCACUAUAUUUUUCGGUGGUGCCAUCAGACACCAGACUCUCCUGAACCUGGACCUGGACAUGGACCUGGACAUGGACCUGGACAUGGACCUGGACAUGGACCUGGACCUAGCUGUGUGUCCAUAA